GAUCGAUCUCUCUGAUCCUGCUGAUAUUACAUAUAUUCUAUCUUUAUGGAAACAUGGCUGACGUCCCUCAACUCGUUAAAAUCGGUAUCUCCCUGAAGAUGCUCCCCAACAACACGGCGGUGCACUUCAAGUCGGACGGAGCCCGGUUCGGUCAGACCCGGACCAUCAAGCUGCUGACCGGAUCCAAAUACCGGAUCGAGGUGGUCGUUAAACCGGGAGCGGUGGAGGCCACGUCGAUGAGUGUGGGUGGGGUGACCUUUCCCCUGGAGCAGCAGUCUAAAGACCCGCAGUCAGUGGUCUAUACUGGCCAGUAUGACACAGAAGGGGUGGCACACACCAAGAGUGGAGAGAGGCAACCGGUUCAAAUCAGCAUACAGUUCACAGAGGCGGGGAUGUUUGAAACGGUGUGGCAGGUGAAGUACUACAACUACAACAAGAGGGACCACUGCCAGUGGGGAAACAGCUUCAACAGCAUCGAGUACGAAUGCAAACCCAACGACACGCGCACGCUCAUGUGGGUCAACAAGGAGAUGUUUGUCUGAUGGAGGAACAGCUGGAAUUACGCACUGCAAAAGUCAUGAUGAAAUUAGCAUUUUCAAUCCUCUCCACUUCAGUCUUUCUCUCUUUCCAUCAUCUACUCAUAUCAGUAAAUCUAAAGGUUUUAUUCUCAGUUUGAAAAGAAAAUGCAAAUUUGUGCCAUAAAAACGCAGAUUUACGGCCAAAUCAGACCUUAUGGCAGAACAUUUAAAUUGCAGUGAUUAUGUUUAUUUAUGGUGCUUAUAUACAAAUGUGUCAAAAUCAAUAUGGCACAUUUUAUUGAGAUUAAAAAUGAAUUAUGUGUUGAAAGACGAAAUGAGGUUUUGAGAUAAAUAUUUUUAACGUACCGUACGUUCAUGUGGUAAACCUCAAGUGUGUUCAGACUUAUGUAGUACUGUAUGUGUGUGUGUGAGUGCACGUGUGCCUGCGUGUUUAGCUACAUUAUGUGUGUGUUUUACAAACGGUACAGAUGUGUUCACGUAUUUCAAAGCUACGUGUCAAGAGUUUCAUUCCAAAAUUACUUCCCGACAUUUCCACAAAUUCAUGUCAUGUCAUUUCUUAGAACACUAUCGCUGAGUUCAACCAAGUCCAGUGUCUUUGCAUCGGUGACAUUUUGAUUUCAUUGGCCCCCCGAGCCGAAUGUUUCCCAUCUGUCCUCGUCGUAUGGAAGCUUGCCACCACAUCUGCAGCUUCUAAUAUUAAAAAUGUGUGCAAGUAUGCAACGCAGCAGAAAGCAGCAGCAACGUGGCCAAAGAAAAUCUCUGCACAUAUUUAAAAAUGAAUUAAAAUAAGGGAAUGUUCCAUCAGCUACUUUAACAAGUGCAGGAUAAGGAUAAUAAAACAGUUACUUUCAGCUUAUUAUUCUGCUUUUAGGUGUGAGAGACUUCCAGCAUGAAGUCAAUCCUCAAAAAACUGAAUCAUGUAUUACUGGAGAGAUACCACUGCUGGUGUCAUCUCAAAAAACAGUUUAAGUCAAACUGGACUGACUCAAGACGUAGUGGUGUGUUGUGCUGCCACCCAAUCAUUACGCAAGAUGGACAAGGUCACUGGUUCCCAACCAGGGGAUCGCUAAAGCUUGACGGGGGGUCACGAGGACUUCUUGAUUUUAAGGGGUGUAAGACAACUUCCAGGGAGAAAAAAACACAGAAUUUGUCAAAAAAGAAACCUAUUAAUUUUCUAUGAUUGACAGAUAAAGAAUUGUAUCAAAAGUUAUUUUUUCAAAAAACAAUAAAACUCAAAUCUUCACUGGAAAUAAUCAGCUCAAAAUUCAUCCAAAUCGUUUGUUUUACACAGACUUCCUGUGUUCACUAUUUGGGUUAAUUGUACAGUUUAUGAGUUGUUCUGUGCUGUUAUUGUUAUGCAUUGAAUAUAAUAUGAAAUAUCCAUCAAAUAUGUCACUUAAUCAGGGGUCAUCAGUUUACUCAAUGAUAGAAAAGUUAAGGUAAAAGGUUGGGAACCAGUGGACUAGGUCAUUGUCUGAAAGAGUUACAAGAUAAUGCAGAUGCCCCCAAAAAACGAUCCUGGUACUUUGAUGAAAUCUUUCACAGACUCUUGAAAGUGUGCAGGUCAGCACGUCUCUACGAGCUACUGUUACCCAGAAAGAAAGAUUCUGUCUAUCCUGUCAAACGUCUGCCUCAGCCCAGAUCCUUUUACAAUGACACUGCAGUGCACCUCCUCUGCAUCAGCACCUCCAAACCAGGAAAUUACCCGAAACCUUGUCGUCCCAUUACAGUGAACAUAAAAAAGGGCCCUUAGUGUUUUAGGAUGAAACUCUGUGUAGCCGUGUGUCUGUGUAUUAUUCUGUGGUACCAUUUUGCGUACAGUAUGAUGCAUUAUUGGAUGUAGGAGUUUUGUAUUUGGGUGAAGUCGUGCGUGUUUGUUUUCUCUACCUCUACUGAUGGACCUAGCCAUGAAUAUGAAUCGUGUUUAUUAAAGAGAUAUAAUGUGUGGUGAAUAUUCAGAACAUAAAUUGCUAAUGAUGUUAAAAUUAUUUUUUUUCUAUUUCUAGUGGUAAUAUUUUGAAAAUAGUAUUUUUGUACAGUGAACUAUUUGAAAUGUUUUCAUAUUAUUACUGUGUGUAUAUUGGUAGAAAUAAAAUAUUUUCUUUGAAAUAUUGAAUUGACCUAUGCAAGAAAUCACAGCAACAAAAUAACAAUGAUACAGUGAAAUUGACAUAUCAUUCUGACCUUUUGUGAAAGUAUUGUUUGUUUAUAAUGUUAUUAAUAGUAAAAUGGAAAAUCA